GGCUCUGAGAUUCCUAUGCUAUCUGUAAUUGAUGAUGGUGUUGGAAUGAAUCACCAAGAGAUAUUGAGGAUGAUUUUUGGGCACAAAGUACCUGACGAAGAUAAUCAAGAUUGUAUUGGAAGAUUUGGUGUUGGUUUCAAGACAGGGUCAAUGAGACUGGGCAGAGAUGCUCUAGUCCUAACACAGACAACACAUUCUCGUUCUGUUGCUUUUCUUUCGCAAUCAUUAAAUGAAGGAAAGGACAAUGUGGAGAUACCUGUUGUCAGCUACUGUCGACAAGCUCAGUGCAUGGACAUUGAUACAAGUGUACAGUCUGAAGCACUAGCGAAGUACAACCUGAAUGCGAUGAAGCAGUUUUCACCAUUCAAUGAGUAUUUAAUUGGUGAAAAGGCUGGCCUAUUUAGAGGAAAUACAGGAACGCAGAUCUAUAUAUGGAAUUUGGAUAAAUGGGGCGCAGAGUACACUUUGGAAUGGCAAGCAGGCUUGCGCGGUGGGAGCACCUUUCACCAGGGUGACAUAUAUAUUCGUUCUAGACGUGUAAGAAAACGUCCUGGGCAGACAAGUAGAAAGGUUUCUUUAGAUUAUUCACUUCGUUCUUAUUUGGAAGUCAUAUUUUUAGAGCCUAGGAUGAAGAUAUAUGUUCAAGGCUCACUGGUUAGAAGUCGACCCUUGGCCAAAUCUCUUAAUAAUACUGCUCACCAUAAUGGGGAAAUAAUGGGCAAACAAGUCCGGCUUACUCUUGGUCGCUGUCAGAUAGAGUGGGAUGAGGCAAACUGUGGAAUAUUCUUAUAUUGGCACGGCCGUCUAAUAGAGGCGUACAAGAGAGUAGGUGGCAUGGUUCACAGUGCUGAUAUGGGUCGAGGUGUAAUUGGUGUUGUAGAAGUUACUGAAUUGAUGGAUGAUGGGAAUGGUGGUGUUUGGGUUCAUAACAACAAGCAAGGAUUCCAAGAUUGUGAGCCAUAUGCUUUGCUUGAAGAAUGGUUGGGAAAGCAGGCAGAUGAAUACUGGGAAAGUUUUUUGAUCCAGUACAGCUGGGGUCCAAGUGGAAUGUUGGGCAUAAAGCCACUAAGUCACUCUGGUGUUCUUUUUUUUUCCUCUUUCCUUGCUGGUUGUGUGUUCCGGCCUCCCCCUCCUGUUAGCUGUGUUGGCUAUUUUAAAACUGGCAAUAAGAUUAUGGCAGAAAUAAGUCUUGAACCUUUCUGGGGAAGGUUUGUUGAUGGGGUUUUUAAAGGUGAAGGUUGUAGGAUCAGAAACAAAAGGAAGAGUGAGGAAGAGAAAGACUAUAGAUGUAGGAGUGGUAUAGAUAAAUGGGCCAUGACGGCCUAUGAAUGGCCUUGGAGCAACUUAACUUAG